GGCCCCGUAGGCCCAGGCUCUGCGGAGCCCUUCUCCGCCAUGGAGUUGGAGGAUGACUUCGAUAUUUUGGAUCCAGAGAGAUUAAUACAAUGUCCAUAUAAUAAACAUCAUCGAAUCAGAGCCUGUCGAUUUCCCUAUCACCUUGUAAAGUGUAGGAAGAGCUACCCUGAAGUUGCAAAGGAAUUGGCCACGUGCCCCUUCAACGCUCGCCAUCUAGUUCCGCAAGCUGACCUCAGCGAUCACAUAAUGAAGUGCAAUGACAAAGGGUUCAUUGAGCAAGAUAUAGUGAAUCAGUCCUCUGGCUUCCAGAGAGAGCAGAUGAAUGCUGUGAGCACGUGGCAGGCACCUCCGUGUGAUGAGGACUGGGAAACAGAGUCGUCGGAGCAGUCAGAUUCUCCUUUUGUUUGGGGCAUGACCAACUCUGGCAUAAACAGUUCCAGUACCGCCUUUGAACAAAAGAAUUGCUUGCCUUCAAGAGUACGUGCCCCUGAGUCCUUCCCAUACACCGUAUCGUGGAAAGGCUAAAGCAUCAUGAUCACGCCUUUGCAGCUUCAAGCCUUAAGCCUUAACUUUGUCACGUGGGUGCGUGGUGCUUCAAGUCAUACAAUAAUGGGGAAUCCUCUGUGAAUUCCUUACAAUAUGCAUAAUACCAAACAGGUGACGUUUAGACAAGUACUUAAGUGUACUCUUUAGUUUCCAUUAGGGUUUUGUAGUUUUCUAACACUUAAAACACGUUUGAGAGCUCUAACGUAA